AUGACGUUUUCAUUAUUACACAUCUCUUUUGUGUUUGCUGACUUGUGUUCCUUCUCUCUCUCUCGUUUACGUCAACAACAAUUCACAGCCGCCGCGCCGGUCGCCGCGUCAAAGAUUAGAAUCCGCUUAAAAUCCUUCGAAACGACGCACAUGCAAGCCGCGUGCGACAAAAUCAUAGAAGCUGCGACGGCUACGGAAGCGCGAAUCAAAGGUCCGAUCCCGUUGCCGACGAAGAGACGCAUUUAUUGCGUUUUACGUUCGCCGCACGUGAACAAGGAUUCGCGAGAGCACUUUGAAACGAGAACGCACAACAGAGUGAUUGACGUGUACGAGCCGACCGCGCAAACGAUUGACGCGUUGAUGGGGUUAGAGUUACCAGCGGGGGUUGACAUUCGCGUGAAAUUGUAA